AACAACCAAGCCAUAUUAUGGACGCGGAUUAUGUACACCCAAAUCGUGGUGCCUCGCUUCGGCGUAACAAAACUUUCACUAGACCAGAACGAUAUCAACCCGCUGCUCCUCUACUUACUGGUAAAAAGGAGAGAAAGCCAUUUGAUUUAUGGGUACUAUUUUCUCGUAUUGUUACUUUUUGGGCACCAAACAUACUACUGUCCAAAUGCGGAGGUUUUCCCGACAAACAAUCAAGUCAAGCUUGGCGUGAAAAAGUUGCUCUAUGCUUUAUCGCACUCGUUAUGGGCGCUAUAGUUGCUUUCUUAACAGUAGGAUUUCGACCGGUUCUAUGUCCUGCUGAAUCCGCAAAAAACUCUGAACACUUUUUACAUUAUAAUGCAAACCCAAAUCAUCUCGGAAUCUUGGGGUGGCAAUUUGAUAUAACUAGUGCUAGGCCUCCCUCUGGAUUUGAUAUUUUUGGCAAGGCAAACCAAAAAAAUGGUCAAGAUAUCACAAACUUUUUCAAAAGAGAUAAUUCUGACAUAGCUAGUUGUCAACUCAGUUCGAUCCAAAAAUUCGCUGCAGUCGCUCAACCUCUUUGUUCUAAUUCUAGUAGUUGCCCUCUUGAUAAAUUAAGUCUUUCAACGUUGCAACAGUAUAAUUUAAAAAAUACUUCAAAACGAGUUGGCUUUGACUAUGGAGAUCUUGGCUCUCCAGAGUUAAAAAAUUACUUUGUUAUUGAUGGUUAUGUACUCAACUUGGAUCCAUAUAUUAGUGCUAAGCCAAAGCCAGAUGAGAACGAUUUACUUGAUAAAAUGAUUCGUAGUGUUUUAAAUUCCAAAGAUCCAUCGAAUGGAAAGGAUGUUACUAAAUUAAUCUUUGGAAAAGAUUCGACAAAACAAGCUAUGACAUGUCUUAUUCAAAAAUACUAUGCUGGGAAUAUCGAUAAACAAACGAUUGGAUGUUUUACUUCCGAUGUUUUUAAUUACAUCAUGUUAGUAGUUAUUUUAGGGGUCGUAAUGGUUCGAUUUUUUAUGGCUUGCGUUUUCAAUUGGUUUAUUUCUUAUCGUCUCGCACAUGAACCAAUUGAACCAAAAAAACAAAAACUGCAACCAGUAUCACAAUCAUUUGGAAGACGUACGACACCAUGGAUACAUCGUAAUACUAGCUCUAUCACUGCUACAAAAACUAUGAAUUUGGAUAAAAUUGGCAAUGAUCUUUUCACCGUCUUACUCGUAACUUGUUAUUCUGAAGGAGAAGAAGGUUUACGCCUUACGUGCGAGUCUAUGGCCGCAACUGAUUAUCCUGAUGACCGUAAAUUAUUAUUCCUUAUAUGUGACGGCAUAAUAACGGGUAGUGGUAAUGAUAAAA